AUGCGGGGGCUGAUUGGCCGCGAGUUCUUGGGAAAUUUUUGGGGUUUCCGUUUGGUGCGUCGGUCGAACUGCUUGGAUUGGGGUGGGUUAUUUCUUCUUUUGAUUUUGACGGGUUUAUUUCCAUUUCUGGGUGCUUGGAUUGGAGAACUGAGCGGGGGAGGUUUUCUGAUGGAUGGCGAUAAGGCGAAGGAAUCAGCUUCGGAUUGUGUGUCCGGUGCAGCAGAGCCAACCACGAAGCAGGAGAAGAGGAAGAGAGCCUCUGCUGAAUUGGGUGUGGUGGACGAGGAAUCUGCGUCUGCUGAAUGGCAGAGAGAAAUUGAUGCACUGUAUGAAUAUUACAAGGAGGUUUCUGGUCGUCAGCUGAAUCCAGAGGAGCUUUCAUGCACCAUAAAUGACUCGGUUAUAGCAUGCCUGCUGGAGGAGAGCAGUCUUUCUUGUGCCAAGUUAACAGAUGAAAUCUACAAGAGGAUGAAGUUGCAAGAUGGUGUCACUGAGUCUUCAGUGCGCACCUCAGUACUUAAUAUUGGUAAGAGAUCUUCGUACGGGAUUUCUGCUAUGGAUGUCGAUGAUCUGGAGGAUGAGUCGGAUUCAAGCCUUUGGUGUUGGGAGACACAAGAUUUGGCAUUAUUACCCUUCCAUCUACAUAGUAGUUUGAGCAUUCGACGCAAAGCUCGGAAGUUAAUCCAUAAAAGGAUUCUGAUUCUUUCGGGCAAGCUGGCUGCCAAAGAUGCCAGUAAUGCUCGUAGCAACCAGUACAGCCUUAUGAAAAAUGCUGGGGAAGUUCUAGAUCUGGAUGAGAUUCGCUCUAUCGUUGAGUCAAAACACAAGAAUGAUACUGACAUAACUAAAAUGCACAGUAAAACUGAGGCACAAGAGUUACAAGCCAUCAGUAAAGCUGUGAAGAAACAGCAAACUGAGCAAAAGAAGAAAGAACGGGAACGUAGGCAUAUGAAUGAAAAAACUGAGAGGGAAGCAAAACGUAUCGAGAGAGAAAAUAAGCGGCUAAAGAAGCAUCAGGAAGAAGAAGAGAGGGCAAGGAAGAAGAAAGAGAAGGAAGAGGCUGAGUUGAAAAGGAAGGCUUCCAUUCAAAAGCAAGCAAACCUCAUGGAACGUUUUCUUAAAAGAAAGGCGAAUAGCAACACGGAAAGUUCUGGUAGUCACCACUUGGAGAGGACUAAAUGCUCAAAAUCAUCAGGAAACAUUGAAGAACUUGCUGUUGCAGCUACAUCAGGAAUGGAUUGUACAUUAUCUAAAGAAAGUCAUUUGAGCAUGGAGGAACUCCGGAUGAUACAUGUUGUGAAAUGGAGAAAACUCUAUCAACAUAACAGAUUGUGCCAUUGGGGUGUUAGGAGAUGUCCUAAACUUCAGUUGUUUCCUGAGCUAAGGCUACAAAAGUCCUCUGCAGCUAUAACUUCUGAUAGUAUGUCGACUCCAACAAAAGAACAGUCAUCUCAGAAGAGCACAGGAAGCCUUGAUAUCACCAAACUUCUGGAUGAACUAGAGAUACCAUCUCGUUCUCAGAAUAGUAUAUCGUCUUCAGUUUUGCUUGUGAAGAAGCUUCUGCAGUUUGAUAAAAGUUCUAGGCCAGCAUACUAUGGUACCUGGAGAAAGAAGAGUUCUACAGUUAGUGCAAGGCAACCCUUUCAGAGGGAUGAGGAACUCAAUUACGAUGUCGAGAGUGAUGAAGAAUGGGAAGAGGACGAUCCUGAUGAUCCUGGUGAAAGAUUAUCUGAUUUUGAGGACGAUGAUGAGAAAACUAUGAAUGAACAUGAUUCCAUGAUUGAUGCAGAAGAGGAAGCUGAGAACAGUUUUGUAGUGCCCAAUGACUAUCUUUCAGAUGAUGAGGGCAUGCAAUGUGAGCCUAUAUGUGUCAAAUUUGAUGAAAUCAGUACCAUGCUGAGCAUCCCUGGGGUUACAGUUGAGGAACUUAAUGCUCUACUGCAAAGGCAGAAAGCUCUUCAUAUCAUCACAGAACAUGCUCUCAAAAUAGACAGACCUCUAGUCAUAUCCAACCUAGAUCAUAGGAAACUUGACCUGCUGAAUGCUGAAGAUAUCACUGGAAUGCUGAAGAUGGAGAAAAUCUGUUUGCAAGCUCUUUGCAUGAAGAAAUACCCUGGCAGCCCCAUCAUUGAUGUGCCUGUGGUUAAUAUGACCAUUGAGGAUGGAUUUUGCCGAUCAAACAGAAAGAGCCCUAGAACACCUGUAUCAUCGAAAGCCAUUUCAGAAUCAGACAUGCCUGAAUUUGCCAAACUUGUUGCAUCAUGCCCUCAAGGGAUAGUCAAAUUGGUGGAGUUGUUACAUGAGACAUUUCCAUAUGUCUCUAAGGCACGACUGAAGAACAAAGUUCGGGAGAUAGCUGAGUUUACUAAUAACCGCUGGCAGGUUAAGCAAGAUAUCUUGGAUCGGUACAGUUUCUCUGUGUCUCCAGAUAAAGGUGAAGGCCCAAAAUGUGCAGCAUUGUGCUCCUCCCAACAGCGCCAGCCACCCAAUGAAUCGGGUAAUACAGGCGAAUCUUCUCCCCAGUGCUCCCUGAAAUCCGAAAUGAUCAGACAACAAUCCGGCGCGCAAUGGUCACAUGGCGGCACACAGCGUCCUGAUCCUUGA